UGACCAUCACACUAAAUUGGCAAAUCAGCAUUGAUCAUCACCCCACGAUGGCUGCUGCCAUGGCCACGUUCUCACGCGCAUGGCUCAUGGCCAUCCUUCUCCUCGUCAUCACCCUCGCAACGGCGUCGACGCCAUGCUCAGCCGGUGUCAUGUUGCCAUCCACCUGGCCACUGGGCGGCAUACAAUCAUACCUCGCUGAUGCAGUGGCCAACGUAUUACGCCCACCACCCACACUCCCAGCAAUGGGUCCCAUCCAAACGAAAAUUCAGCGAGUUCGUCGUUUACGCGAUGCACGCUCCUACACCCGACAGCGUGCCCGCCUCCUCUCGGCAGCACGACGCCACCCAUCCCCCGCUCACGGAGACAUGGCAAUCAAUGCCCUCUCCUCUCUCCACUCCCUCCUCGAAUGGGAAGACGUCGAUCUCAUAGUCCCAGACACGUCGAAACGCUCCACUCUCCUCGCACUGGCAAAGAUGUCCUCGAGCGCAUAUGAGAGUCCACCGGGUCCACCCAGCUGGGAGGAUGGGUUCGAAGGGUGGAACUUGACAGAGAGCUUUGGGUGGGUCGAAAAUGGCAUCCGAGGGCAUAUAUUCUCCAAUGGACCGCAAAACGAUACCAUCGUGAUGGCCCUCAAGGGGACCAGCGCAGGCAUCUUGCCCGGUGGAGACGAUACCGGGAGGAGAGAUAAAGUCAACGACAAUCUCCUCUUCUCGUGCUGCUGCGCCCGCGUCUCAUGGACAUGGUCGCCCGUGUGCCCCUGCCCCUUUUCCUCGACUAAAUGCUCACAGCCGUGCCUGGAGCGAUCCCUCCUCACCGAAUCCUUCUACUAUCCGCUCAUCACCGACCUCUAUAACAACGUCUCCUACGCCUACCCGACGUCACAGAUCUGGGUCACGGGACACUCACUGGGGGGAGCACUCAGCAGCUUGAUCGGCAUGACCUUUGGCAUCCCAGCCGUGACAUUCGAAGCGCCCGCAGAACGGAUGGCGGCGAGGCGAUUACACUUGCCCACUCCACCGCCCAUGAAGCACGACAACGAUGCUACUUCAGGCGUGCCGCGUCUGCCCAUCACUCACGUCUACCACUCGGCAGACCCCAUCCCAAUGGGCACCUGCACUGGCUCCUCCUCGCUUUGCGGCCAGGCAGGCUACGCAAUGGAGUCGCGCUGCCACGCGGGGGAUGUGGUACUUUACAAUACGACGUACUACCUGGGUUGGUCGGAGAAUAUCGUCAAGCAUCGCAUCGCGACGCUGGUAGAUGACUUGCUCACAGAAGAUUGGGGGGAUCGCGUGAGAAGGGAGAAGGGGAAGAGCGUCAAGAAGGGGGGCAGUGGUAGGGCGUCUUGGUGGCCAUGGAAGGGAAGUAAGGGCAAGGACAAGGAUGACGAGUGGUUAGACCGCAUCGGCGAGGUGCCCGAGUUGAGCGAUCAGAGCAAGUGUCAGGAUUGUCUCGACUGGGAGUUUGUGGAUCGGGACAAGACCAAGUGAGGGCGGCAAGAUGCAUUGCUGCUCUCGGUCACUACGCGUCAACGUCCCGCUCCUCAUGUUGUACCUUGUAACGAAUCGAUAUGACUAUUUACGUGUAGGCCUGCCUUGUCAGGCGCCCACUGCUACAUCUCUA